AUGUCCAGAGACGCUCCAAUCAAGGCAGAGAAAGACUAUACUGAGCUCUUAGACGAGCAGUUCCCACAAAUUGACGUUCUCGCAAAGAAUGAUUAUAAAAAUGCAUUAGAAAAAUUAUUACUUUUAGAAAAACAAACACGUCAAGCAUCUGAUUUAGCAUCUUCAAAGAGAGUAUUGGUUAGAAUUGCUGAUUUAUUAGGUGAAAAUAAAGAUUGGAAAAGUUUAAAUGAACAAUUAGUUUUAUUAUCCAAAAAACAUGGUCAAUUAAAAUUAGCUGUUCAAGCUUUCAUUCAACAAGCUAUUGAAUAUCUUGAUAAGACUGGUAAUCAAGAUACCAAGAUUGAAAUCAUUGAUACUAUAAGAACUGUUACUGAAAAUAAAAUUUUCGUUGAAGUUGAACGUGCUAGAGUGACAAGAGAAUUAUCACAUAUUAGAAGAAAAGAAGGUAAAAUUGAUCAAGCAACUGAUCUUUUAGUGGAAUUACAAGUUGAAACUUAUGGUUCAAUGAAUUUAAGAGAAAAAAUGGAAUUUAUUUUGGAACAAGUUGAAUUAUGUAUUUUAAAAGGUGAUUUUACACAAGCAAAUAUUUUAUCAAGAAAAAUUCUUGUUAAAACUUUACAAUCUCCAGAUUAUCAAGAUAUUAAACUUCAAUAUUAUCAAUUAUUAAUUAAAAUUGGAUUAAAUAGUAAUGAUUAUUUAAAUAUUGCUAAACAUUAUUUAUCAAUUUAUGAAAUUGAAGAUAUUAAAAAAGAUGAUUCUAAAUGGAAACCAAUCUUAAUCAAUAUUGUUUAUUUCUUAGUUUUAUCACCUUAUGAUAAUUUACAAAAUGAUUUAAUUCAUAAAUUAGAACUUGACACAAAUUUAAAAAAAUUAGAAUUACACAAUCAAUUAGUUAAAUCAUUUAUUACUCAAGAAUUAAUGAGAUGGCCAAUAAUUAAACAAGUUUAUAGUAAAGAAUUAGAAAAAAGUGAAUAUUUUGAUUCAAAAACUAAAGAAAAUUCUAAACAUUGGAAUGAUUUACGUGAUAGAGUUAUUGAACAUAAUUUAAGAGUUAUUUCAACUUAUUAUACAAGAAUCACAUUAUUAAGAUUAAAUCAAUUAUUAGAUUUAGAAGAACAUGAAACUGAACAUUUUAUUAGUACUUUAGUUAAUCAAGGUACAAUUUUUGCUAAAAUUAAUAGACCUGCAAAAGUGGUAAGUUUUGCUAAACCAAAAGAUUCAAAUGAAUUAUUAAAUCAAUGGUCAAGUAAUGUUGAUGAAUUAUUAGGUCAUAUUGAAACUAUUGGUCAUUUAAUCACAAAAGAAGAAAUGAUGAAUGGUAUUAAAGCAUCUAAUUAG